AAAUAGUUUCAGUCCUCAAAAACCUACACGGAAGUAUGCAGCAGAAUUAGGCAUGGAAGCUUAAGAAAACCCAUCUUAGAAGUCAUAAUUUUUGUGUUUUAAUUCCUUUUAAAUAUUUGUACACCGUAGCUUUCUGGUUCUGUGUCUGCCCACUGUUCAGCAUCAUGUUUGUUUCCUCGCAAAACUCACCUCCCGUUUUCAAAGAUUUCACCCUCGUCAUGCCGGCUGUAGCUGUCGGUAAUGUGGGUCAGCUGGCGGUCGACCUCAUAGUGUCUACUCUUAACAUGAGCAGGGUGGGCUACAUGCACACUGACUGUCUCAUCCCCAUGGCUGGAAACAACCCAUACAGCACCUCCAAAGAGGAUGCAGAGGAGCUGCACACUCCUGCAGAAGUUUACACAGCAGCAGAAUUGAAGCUGGCAGUUCUCCAGAUCAGAGCACCAAUUAUUCAGACGAAGUCUAAACGGUUUCGUCAGCAGCUGGUAUCUUGGAUCAAAGCGAGCGGUUUCUCCAGAACGGUGGUUCUGUCCAGCAGCCAUGCCUACCAGAGAGACGACCAGCAGCUUCAAGGUUCUCCUCUUAGGUACCUGGUCACACCAUCUCUGCUGGGAGUGAGUGCUGACGCUCUGAAGGAGCUGGGCUGGAGGGAGAUGGAGCGAACGCCGGCCUUCCCUGGAGUAACAGAUACUGACGCCGAGCCACGACUCAGCAUCCCAGGAGGAGGCAUCACAAAAGGACUUUACUCUGACAGUUGUGCAGAGGAUCUCCCGCUCGCCGUCUUGCUGCUCUUCUGUUCUGAAGGAGACAACAUUCCUGACGCUUUCGCUCUGGUGAAUCAUCUCAACGACUGGCUUCAUCUGCUGGACAAUCAGGACCAAGCACCAAAGAACAAAUGGAAAAUUCCAACUUCUUGGAGUCUUCUGUUUGGAAGCGGGAUCCCUCCUGCCCUCUUCUGAUACACCUUUCAUUUUCAUCUUAUGUUUAGCAAAUUAGAAGCCUAAAAGUUGCUAUUUUUCCAACAUAAAACUCAUCCAUCAGCUGAUGUUGAACAACACUGUCAAACAUCAUUGGCCUCAAGAAAUCCUUCCUCUUCCUAUAACAUGUCGAGCAUUUCAGGAAAUAGAGAGCACUUCCUGGAUAAUAUCAUAGUGUUUCUAUAUUUUUUCCCCCAAUAAAAUAUUUUCAUGGGAA